GAGAGAGAGUUGUUUCAUUGCGAUGGCUUCGAAGAAGAACGGCUCUGAUAGCUCUUUGGUGCAGCUAGCGGCGUAGGAAUAUCAAAGACAACCCAUUCGUGCCUCAUACCAUACCUCAUCUCAUCACACCCGUUCAUUUCCAUCACAUCACAUCACAACACAACAUAACAUUCAUAUGAACCAGAUCGCACCGCACCGCACCGAUGGAAACACAAUGAUCCAACCCUAACCCAAGCGCCUCUUACCUCCAAGUUUUGUGAUUGAAGCUGCGAUGGAGGAAGAGACCUCCGAUGCAAUGAACCUUGAUUUGAAUCUGGGCCCAGGCCCAGAACCCGAAACUGGGCCCAUAAGCAAUGAAGCUGUGAACUUGGACGAUUGGAUAGGGGAGCCUCUUCAGAGAAUCAGCGAAGCUGUGAGGUAUAGGGCACGGCAACGGUGGAGAUGGCGCCAACUUCCGCUACCGCCUCCUGAAUUUCAUGCUCACUUUCCAACUGAAGCUACGCGGCAUUUUCAAAUACCGCCUGAGGCUCACAAUAUCUCCGUGGAAUUGAACCACUUUUUGGUCAAUUCUGGCAAUGGAAGCGCCUUGCAGGCCGGGGAAGGCAGUGUGGCGGCCGAGGAGAGAAUGGAGGAGGUGCCGAAGGCUUGUGAGAAUAUCAAUGGUGUGGCAGAGGAUGAGGCUUCGCAGAAGAAGGGUGAUAUAGAAAAGGGUAGUGGCAAUGAUGGGGACUUUUUUGAUUGUAACAUCUGUUUGGACCUGGCUAGGGAUCCUGUUGUAACUUGUUGUGGUCAUUUGUUUUGUUGGUCAUGUUUGUAUAGGUGGCUGCAUCUGCAUUCGGAUGCGAAGGAAUGUCCAGUUUGUAAGGGAGAGGUGACACUUAAAAGUGUUACCCCAAUAUAUGGCCGUGCGAACAAUGUCCGUGGUCCUGAGGAGGAUUCUGCACUUAAGAUCCCUCCCAGGCCCCAAGCGAAGAGAGUUGAGAGUCUGAGACAAACCAUUCAGAGAAAUGCAUUUGCACUCCCUGUGGAAGAGAUGAUUCGGCGUCUUGGAAGCAGAAUUGAGCUUACACGCGAUUUGGUUCAGCCACCUGAACCGGAUGCUGCCCGUGAAACAGCUGAGAGAACUACUUCCUUGCUAAGGUUCUUGACUGCGCAAGGGAUACGUAGAGAGCAUCAGAAUCUAGUGGCACCCCCAGAGGAUGUAAUGGGUUUGGCACAAAACAAUGUUAAUACUUCUGAGGCAGGGGAUCCCCGGACUAGGGUGCAGUCCCAUUUGCUUCGAAGAACACAAUCACACAGAGCAACACUUUCUACUCUUUCAUCAGCACUAACUUCCGCUGAAAGGUUAGUUGAGGCAUAUUUCCGUAGCAAUCCAUUAGGUAGGAACCAAGAACAACCUCCUCCUCCAGUUGAAGACAGAGAUUCCUUUUCAAGCAUUGGUGCUGUUAUAAAUUCAGAGAGUCAACUGGACACUGCUGUAGAGAUUGAUUCCAUGGUAUCCUUGUCAACAUCCUCUUCUAGGAGGAGGAACGAUGCUUCAAGAGUGUCUGAUGUGGAUAGUGGAGAUUCUCGUGCUCCAAGGCGGAGACGUUUGAACUGAUAAAAGUCUGUUAGAUGCUCAAGUUUUACUAUUCUAUCAUGUAUCACAUAUGAUAAUAAUCUUCCAACACCUAUGUAAGUGCUUCAUGCUUUCUUGUUACCUUAUAUUAUGAAGUUUUCACCAUUUACAAGUUUUGGUAGAUUUAA